AUGGCAGAUAUUCAACCCUACACCAUCUCCAUCCCAGACUCCUCCCUCUCCGACCUCAACACCCGCCUUUCCCUAGCUCGAUUCCCCGACGAAAUCGAAGCCGCAGACUGGGACUAUGGGACUCCAUUGGCAGACGUCAAGCGCCUGACCAGCUACUGGCAAGAUAAAUACGACUGGCGAGAAACAGAGAAAAACUUGAACACUCUCCCUCACUACAUGACCACCAUCCAAGUCGACGGCUUCGAACCAUUGAAAAUCCACUUCCUCCAUCAAAAGUCCAGCGUUGAAAAUGCCAUCCCCUUACUCUUCGUUCACGGCUGGCCAGGUAGCUUCCUCGAAGCGACCAAGAUCAUGGACAAACUGACCUCUCCCGAGUCUGGCUCGGGGGCUCCGGCAUUCCACUUUGUCGCCCUCUCACUGCCCAACUAUGGAUUCUCCGAAGGGCCAAAGAAAAAGGGCUUUGCCAUAGCACAAUACGCAGAGACGUGCAACAAGCUCAUGCUCAAGCUUGGGUACACCGAAUACGUGACCCAAGGAGGCGAUUGGGGAUACUACAUCACACGGGCGAUUUCGCUCCGAUAUCCCAAACAUUGCAAAGCAACACACGUCAAUAUGGAUCAAGGAAACCCGCCCAAAUGGAUCCGACACCCCAGCCUCGCGUUCCAACACGCCAUCAAACCGUACAAUGCUCGCGAAAAGGAAGGCCUCGCCCGCACCAAAUGGUUCGUGGAAGAAGGCUCGGGGUACCGAGCACAGCAAGCCACAAAGCCGCAAACUUUGGGGUACGCGCUCGCUGACUCCCCUGUUGCUCUCCUCGCAUGGAUCUACGAGAAACUCCGCGACUGGACGGACUCGUACUCUUGGACAGAAGACGAAGUUUGUACUUGGAUGAGCAUCUACUGGUUCUCGGCGGCGGGGCCCGCUGCAAAUUUGCGCAUUUACUACGAAGCCACGCACGAAUGGGAUAACCCUGCCACGCGCAUCACGCGUGAUCGGACUCGUGAGUAUAUUGGAGGGGGCGUGAAGCUGGGUCUUACCCAUGCACCGAAGGAACUGCGCGUGUUGCCAAGUAGUUGGACAAGAACACAGGGCGAUGUCGUCUUUGAACGUAGCCAUGAUAGUGGAGGGCAUUUCUUUGCGUGGGAGAAGCCAGAGCUGUUGAUCAAAGAUGUGAGAGACAUGUUUGGACGGAAAGGCGGUGCAGCGGGCGUGGUGAAGGGGAAGACGGGUUACUGA